AUGGCGAAUUUCUCAGUUGAUGCAGUUAAUUUAGCGACUGUUAAAUCGGCUGAUCCGCAAGUUUCAUCAAUUAUUAAUCUUGCUAAUUUCGCACAACUCUAUCAUUACAAUUUUAUUGAGGAGGCGUGGAAGCGGGAAAAAUUUGCAGGGCCAAUAUUUCUUUGUAAACGAAGCGAAGAGCCGAAAUUUUGUCUUAUUGUAAAAAAUCAGUGUUCACCUAAUGAUUAUAUCGAAUUUAUUCAACCAGAAAUGAGAGUUUGUCAUAGUUCAAGCUCUAAAUAUAGUUGUAUUCUUGCUUUCUGGAUAUAUGAUGAAAGAGAUCGUAUAAAAAUUUAUAAACAAUUGCUCCUUAUAAUUCAGUCAUGUGAUCUUAAAAACACCAAAAUUUCUUACGAAACUAACGUUUUACAAGAUAAUGAUGGUAACGAUAAGCCGUCAUGGAUGAAGCAAUUAUUUAUCAUUAGCGAUAAAAGCACUCUCGUUACUGAUAAAUUAGAAAAACGGUUAAAAAAUGAUCUAAUUGAAAAUAAUAAAAAAGCCAGUCAGAACAUGGAACUAAUUAAGCAGUCUAUUACAUACAAUUCUGAAGAAUCUCUCAAUGGAAUCUUUAACAGUAAUUUAAAUAAAUUUUAUUGUCGUUCAAUUUUUUUUCGAUCGGUAACUCCACGCUCUAAUGCAUUCAAUAUUAAUCACUUAAUGGGUCCUUCAUGCUCGAAGUCCACGGAUUUUGCGAAUUUGGCUGAUACGGAUUUGAUAGAAAGAUGCGACGAGAAAAAAAGGAAUGCAGCACUAAAUAAAGAACAAUUUAUAUUAGCUUUAUGUCACUUGAUUAAGAAUGAUGAUGGGUUUGCUUCACGAAUUUAUGAAGAAUAUAUCAAAAUAUCAAGUGAGGAUAGUACUACAAAGGAAACAAUUAGAAAGACAAAAUAUAUUGGUUCACCUGAAAAUAUCAAUCUAACCUCUCUUAAACAAAUUGAUCCAGAUGUUAAGGCCAUUAUCGACAAGGCAAAGAUGAUUACGGGUUAUAAAUUUGAUAAAGCGACUGAGAAGUGGAAAAGAAUGAAUCUCAAAGGGCCUUUAUUUUUAUGUGAGCGAUCAUGUCUACCAAAUUACUGUUUUAUUGUCAGAAAUCUGGAAUCAGUUUCUGAUUUAAUUCAACCAGUUGUACCUAAAUUAAGUUUAUGUUUAAAAUCAACUGGAAUAAGCAUCAGGAGACCAGUUUUGAAUAAGCUUUCAAGUUCAAGCGAAAUUGUUAAAGGAUUUUUCAAUGCAUCAGAAUUGGAAACAUUAUUCCUGAAGAAUUCUGAUUCUGAAAAUAAAAAAAAUGAAAAUACCAUCUUUGAAAGAUUGAAAGCAGUUCCAAUAUCAAGGCAUAACGCAGGCGAUUCGAAACAUUUUUCUGAAAGCUAUGUUACCAAGAAAAUUUCAACUCUAGCCGAUGCCAUUUUUUCUAACCAGUUAGAUCCAAUAUUAAAAGCCGUCGGAAGCCGUAAAACAGUGAGCCGCCAAUAUUUGUGCAAUGAUUGA